AUGGAAUUGUUCGACCGCAAGCCGACUCCCCCGACCCACAUUCAGACCCAGUCGAAGAUCGUGCUUCCGCCCAAAGUCGACACCGCUCCUGGGUCUAUCCUCGAGCCAUACCCGUCGCCCAUGACCGAGAAACCGUCCCGUAGUCUCGAACAUUACACUCUUGCCGGCAUGGCUGCGGGGCCCUCCAACGCAGCAGGCCCUAUGCCCUCGGGAUCGCACAGCGGUAGCAUCUCGCCUCGCACCGUUGCACCACCCAAGGCGGUCCAGUUCGUCCUGGUCUUCCAAGAAGCGCCAUAUCAGGCGCGCUUGCCGCUGCGCGUAUCGAUCUAUCCUCACGAUACCACCGACUCCAUCAUCACGACGGUUAAGAAUUUUUACGGACUCUACUCUGGGCCCGGCGUCUCCAAGGGCAUCAGUUUCGAGGACCAAAAUGGCAAUACUCUCAUUGCCCGCUACGAAAACUUCCAUGACCACAUGACAGUACAUGUGCGCUUGAUCGAGGAGCCUCUCGGGCCCCAUUUUUCCGCUGCUCUUAGCGCUGCCCGGAGUUACUCGAGCGCCGACAUCUACCCGCUCACAGGGCCUCAACAAGCAGAUGCUCCCCGUCCCACAUCCAAGACGUCUCGCUUGCGCAGCCCGUCUCCCAACACUGGCCGAGGGCGCCGCAGCACGUCAGCGGGCACUAACACAGCCGUCGCUAAGAAAGGGCGGUCCCGCUCGUCGAAGAACCGUGCCCAAGUCAAUGGGGACGGGCAUGGCGACAGCUUCAACGGCUAUAGCAGUAGUGAUGGUGCAAGUGUCUCGACCGAGAAACGAAACAAGGAGCAUCUGGGCACUACAGACAUCAGCGUGGAAAACAUUGUUGAAGGCGGCCGUCGCAAGCGCGCCAAGUUCGAGAGCUCGAAUUUGCCUCUCUAUGCUCCUCCGCUCAUGCCCAAUGCCGCAUCCGAUCCUUCCGUCUCGCCUGCUCGUCGGAUCGAUCUUCACCGGGGCUCCCUGCCCUUCAUUCAGUCUGGACAGAACCCGUUCAGCCACCCUCAGCCCCUCCCCUCCCCCCAGGCGUACAGUAACGGUUAUGCGCACCCUGAAACAUACGCCACUCCCGGCAGUGACAACCGCCGGACGCGAGGAAGCUUUGGGCCGUCUGGCCAAGGGGUCGGCCCGGUGAUAAUGACGCCAGAUCCAACCGUUAGAAGUGCGGUGUCAGAGGAAGACAAGGACGUCGCCCUGCAGCUUAUGUGGAUGUCGGGUCAUCCUCGUGCCUCAACGUCAACCCAGGAUGACACACUCAGCGGGAAAGCUGAUGCCGCUUCCUCUACGGGCGCGACAAGCGACGCCGAGAGUGGUAGUGAGGAUGACAUGCCUGCUCCGCGGACACAGAAGCUCGGCGCUUCUGGCAGCCCACAGAAGGCGUUUGCAGCAACAGAAAGUCGUUUUGCCGUUUCCAACGACAGGCCGGAAACUAGUGGCGAGGAUGUCGACGGGUCUGAUGGCGCCCAAAUCGGCACAAUGGCGGCUCCGCCGGUAAAGAGCACCAAGCUUAAGGCCAACACGCUGCUCGCCGCCAGGGCUCCUCCGCCCUCAUCACAUAAGCCGAAGUCGUUCAAGACAGCCAAGUCAAAGACGAAGAAGGCAGUGCCCAUAUUUACUGCCACGCCGGCUGCAAUCCCGAGCUGGGGUCCGGGGGCCGUGGAAGAGGAACAACCAGACCUCUCGACGAAACCCCGUUGCCAGCGUUGCCGCAAGAGCAAAAAGGGUUGCGACAGACAGCGGCCUUGCGGCAGAUGUCGGGAUGCUGGUAUUCCUGCGGAGCUAUGCAUCAGCGAGGAUGAAGGGAACGGUCGCAAGGGUCGCUACGGUCGACACAUGGGGGUACCCAUCAAGAAAGAGGAUGUGCCAUCCCCGGCACCCAGCUUGUUGCCCUCCGCCCCGAUCGCAUCUGAUACGCUCGCAUUGCCCGACUUGGCUCCCGACAUUUUGGACAAAACCAAGAAACGCAAGAGAAUAUAG